AAAUAUGAAAUAUUAAUCACGGCGCACAAUGGGUGUUUUUCUUUUUCUCACUCUCCUUCCGUGUGUCACUGUGUUGUCUGCGUAAAGAAAGGCCGGGAAGAAAUAAAGGAGUUGGUUUGAGCUGCCUUUACCAGAUGGCUAGAUGGGAUCAGAUUCUGUCUCUUCCCGUACAAAAUCCACCAACCUUGGAGUUCUCUGCACAUGAUCUUGUAUGGUCAAAGGUGGAAGGUUGGCGUGACAAUAUAGAUAGAGUUGCUUUGAUCCCUUUCGCUAGAGUGGAUGACUUUGUUAGGGGUGAAUCCUCUAACAAAGAUUGUCCAACUAGAUUUCAUGUUGAAGCAAGAAGGCGGAGAACAGCAAAGGCACCUUACAAGCCAAAGGUUGAUGGCAUUCUUGAAUAUAUCCUGUAUUGGUGUUCAUUUGGCCCUGAUGACCAUAGGAAAGGGGGUCUUGUACGACCCAGCCGGAAUACAUACAUUCCUAAGAAGACAAAUGCUGGCCGACCUAAUACGAAAAGAGGAUGCACCUGUCACUUUAUUGUAAAACGUUUAAUUGCUGAACCGUCAGUGGCAUUGAUAAUAUAUAACCAGGAUAAGCAUGUGGAUAAGAAAGGGUUACCAUGCCAUGGGCCACAGGACAAAAAGGCAGCUGGCACACGUGCUAUGUUUGCACCAUACAUCUCAGAGGAUCUGCGCCUCCGUGUUUUAUCUUUAUUGCAUGUUGGGGUCUCUGUGGAGACCAUAAUGCAGCGGCACAAUGAAUCUGUAGAGAAACAGGGUGGUCCAUACAACCGAGAUGACCUUCUAACCCACAGGUAUGUUAGAAGACAGGAGAGGAGCAUUAGACGUUCUACAUAUGAGUUGGAUGCAGAUGAUGCUGUCAGUGUAAGCAUGUGGGUUGAAAGCCACCAGAAUUAUGUAUUCUUUUACGAGGAUUUCACUGAUUCAGACCCUUUUGUCUUGGGCAUUCAAACUGAGUGGCAGUUGCAACAAAUGAUUCGAUUUGGAAAUCACAGCCUCCUUGCCUCUGAUUCAAGGUUUGGAACAAAUAAAUUUCAGUAUCCUAUACACAGUCUCAUUGUUUUCAAUUCAGACAAGAAAGCAAUCCCUGUAGCUUGGAUAAUAACCCCAAGGUUUGCUACUGUAGAUGCUCAUAGAUGGAUGAGGGCUCUAUACAACAGGGUUCGCACAAAAGAUCCUACUUGGAAGUUGGCUGGGUUUAUUGUUGAUGAUCCUUCGAUUGAUGUGCAUACAAUUAGGGAUGUUUUUGAGUGCUCCAUAUUGAUAUCCUUUUGGCGGGUCCGCCACGCAUGGCAUAAAAACUUAUUGAAGAGAUGUGCAGAGACAGAGAUGCGUAUUGAGAUAUCAAGACGACUUGGGUUGAUCAUUGAUGAUAUUUGCAGAGGAUGUGGAAAUGUGGAUUUGUUUGAGAAAUUCAUGGAAGAUUUUGUCGAUUGCUCGCAUUUUUUGGAUUACUUCAAAGCAGUCUGGUAUCCUAGAAUAAGGGCUUGGGUCUCUUCACUUAAAUCUCUUCCACUUGCAAGCCUGGAGACUUGUGCAGCAAUGGAGUUUUACCACAAUCAACUGAAGCUCCGGUUGUUGAAUGAGAAGGAUCCUGCUGCAUACCAGCGCGCUGAUUGGCUGGUUGAUAAGUUGGGUACAAAAGUGCAUUCCUACUUUUGGCUGGAUGAAUAUUCGGGGAAAGAUGAUUUUGCACGAUAUUGGAAGGAUGAGUGGGUAAGUGGUUUGACAUCUUGGCGGAAGGCGUUGAAGAUUCUUGAUUCAGAUGUUGCCAUCGAAGGAAGAUCUGCAAAGGUGACUGAUGAGCUUGAUCGAGACACUUUUUAUGUUGUUUGGAACCCCGGCUCUCAGUUUGGGGUCUGUGAUUGUUCUUGGGCAGAGAUGGGCUACCUUUGUGAGCACGUCUUAAAGGUCAUAAAGGUCUGUCAUGAAAAAGGAUCUAUUUUGCCUACUGCCAGCGUAUUUCAGUACCACAAAGCUUUAAUGGACAUGCUACAUUGCCCUCCUCAUGAUUCUUUGAUCCGUGAUCAUGCCGUUUCUUUAGCAAUAUAUGUGCAGAAACAGCUAAAUUCACUAGUUGUUGAAGUUCAGAAACAAACAAAGGAUAGCAUUGAGCAAGGAAGUGUGCCGGUGGCUUCUGCUAAAGAAAACAGAGGAUUAGCUGAUGAGGAUCCUUGUGUAGACGGGAACAUAUUGUCUAAUCAUGAAAAUGGUUCCGCUGAUUCCUCUGAGUCUCCUGCUGGGAUUGCAAAUGAUUUCAGCAGUGAAUCAGUUGAUCAGGUAGUUGGUAUAAAUGGUGAGACUGCUGAAGAAGGAAUAUCCGGUUCUGAGAUGGGUGUUGACCCACCCUCCACUAUUCAUCCUCCUGAAUUACCAUCACUUAGUGAGGAAAUUGUAGCUGGUAAUGUCUUCCUGGAGCAUAGAGACGGAGCUUUUAACAACAAGGGUCCUAGAAUGAGUUCACCUUCCAAUGAUGAUGCUUUAAGUGCUAAAGUUGGAUGUGAAGAAACUUUUAACAAAAAUUGCCAUGAAAGUGCGAUGGCUGUGGAUCCACAACCAGAUGAGGUUCCCCAAACAGAACAACUUUCAAAGCCAUGCACAGCGACUCAUCAAGAUGAUUUCGGUAGCAAGAGUAAUGAAUCUUCAGUGCCAUCGAUGCCUGCUCCUGGGAAAGUCUCCCCAUCCUUGUGCUCUGCUGUGGAGACACAAGUGCUUGAUAUUGCGAAACCUUCAGGUGCUCCGAAUCUGGAUAUAUCAAUGGCAUCAGAAAGUGAGAAUGAGAACAAAAAUAAGACUCAUUCUAUUGAUGCUGGUUUCCAAUCAGAUGGUGAUCAUGUUAAUCUGGAAACUGCUGAUGGUCUUGGUUACGAACCAAAGGCAGUGGACGACGGUAUGGCUGAAUGCACUGAAACAUCCCAAAAUCAUUCAACAUCGACACAUAACGGUGACAGCCAACAAACUACUGAAGUUGCAGCUCGAGAAACAGAUGAUUCAGGUGAGAAAGUACUUCUUAGCAACAGUGAACCUUCUACAACUAAAUCGGAACUUCAAAAGAGUGUUGAAGAUGGAAAAUGUGGUGAUAUGGAAAUUUGUGAACAGGUGACUGAUGAUCAGAAUGGUAUUGUCGAUAUGGAAAUUGUUCCAGAAGAGGCCGCCAUUGGCUCUGAAAUCAGUGCUGGCCCUCGCAAACAAUAGGCAUAUAUUUUCAUCGUUCAUGAAUUCCUUAUUUCUUUCUUUGUACAUGCUCAAUACAUUUACUUCUAAUUUUGUGAUUUAGCUAGUU